GAAGUGCGAAUUAAUUAAAAUGGCGGUCGGUGAAGGUGAUAAUACUGUUACAAGUCGCUACACAAAUAUUCGGAAUGGUGCUUGGUACAUGCAGUUUCGAAAUGGUUCUAAUCCAUGGAUGGCCCGAUAUGCUUAUAUAUUAAUGUUUACUGUUACGAGUUUACUAGCGGUGGCUGUUCGAGACUAUGGCUUUACUACUUUGAACUCAAUCAAAGUGCUAAAAGAUUAUUGCAAUGGUGGGGAAGACUGUUCGGGUAUAGAAGGAGUUCUCAGAGUGAGCUUGGGAUGUUUUAUGUUCUAUUUGGUCAUGUUUGUUUCCACAGUACGAACUUCAAAGGUGAAUGACCGCAGAGAAAAGUGGCAUUCUGGGAUGUGGAUUCCAAAGAUAUUGAUGAUGGCUGUCCUUAUUGUCAUUGCAUUCCUCCUUCCUACUAUCAUAAUUUCAAUCUACGGCAAGGGUGCACUCCUUGGAGCCGGAAUUUUUUUAGCAAUCCAACUGAUUAGCAUACUGAGUUGCAUCACAUGGCUAAGCAACUGGUGCUACUCUAACAAGUCGAAAUGGAAUUUCACUUGCAAAAUGUUAUUGGGAACCAUCCCGCCCGUUCUAGUCCUUACAGUGAUCAUCUUUAUGUUCGUGUGGUAUGCACCACACCGGUCUUGUCUAAUAGUCGUUUCCAUUCUCAUUGGAACUAUCCUAAUCUUCCUAAUCAUGGGAGUUUUUGCAUAUCGUUCUUCUAAGGUGGUCCAGGUGGAAGCUUGUUAUCUGAAUGCUUCUUUAAUGGCACUUUAUGUUGAAUACAUCUGUUGGAGCACACUCAAAAGUAUACCCCAAAAAAGAUGCAUGUUAAAGGGUGGAAAUGCUGCUUCGAAAUUGGAUUGGCUCACCAUCAGUAGCUUUGUUGUGGCUGUCCUUGCAAUUGUGAUAUCGACAUUUUCAACCGGCAUCAAUUCAAAACGUUUUCUGCUAAGACAACCGAAUGAGCAACAGCAAGACGAUGAUGUUCCAUAUGGGUAUGGGUUCCUUCACUUUGUUUUCGCCACCGCAACGAUGCUUUUCUCAAUGCAAUUAGUUGGUUGGAAUGACAACGAUCAUAUGAAUAAGUUUACAAUUGAUAUCGGAUGGAUUGGUACUUGGGUGGGGAUAGUACAUGAAUGCGUAGUAGCCGCUUUUUAUGUAUAUUAUAUCACUUCUUGUACCAAUCAAGCCGCAGAAGGAACGCCCGUCUAAUGUUUUUUCCAGACUGUUAUUUCAGUAGAAUGAUUAAAGACACAGAGCGGUGAUUUUUUGAAUGUUACUCCGUAAAAGAAAGCAGCUAUAAGUGCUUUAGUGAUGCGGCAAUUUUUUAGAGGAGCAUCAUUGAGUUGCAUAAAUUAUUUAGAGACCGUUUGACAAUACAUUUUUUCGGCUUAUCAGUCAACUCUUUCAUCAAACACGUAACUUUUGUUUUCACGUGUUGAAUUGUGUAAUAAACAGAAAACGUAAGGGUGAAGUUACUUUUCUGGCUGUAU